CGGGCGCCGGACCCCCAGGAGGAGCGACAGGUCUCGGGCCCUCAAGCGGAAGCGGCGGGCGCCGGACCCCCAGGCGGAGCGAGCAGGACAGGUCUCGGGCCCUUAGGCGGAGACGACAGGUCUCAGGCCCCCAGGCGGGGCGACGGGCACCGAGUCGACCAGGCACAACCGCGGGCAUCGGGUCACCAGGUCAUUUGGCUCGACAGCGGGCACCGCGUCAUCUGGCAAGGCAGUGGGCUCCGAGUCAACUGGUAUGACCGCGGGCACUGGGUCAGACAUUGGAUCGUCUGGCUGGACAGCGGGCACUGGGUCACCAGGCAUCAGGUCAUUUGGCUCGACAGCGGGCACCGCGUCAUCUGGCAAGGCAGUGGGCUCCGAGUCAACAGGCACGACAGUGAGCACCGAGUCAUCAGGUACCGGAUUGUCCCUGGCUCGACAGCGGGCAUCGGGUCACCAGGCAUCAGGUCAUUUGGCUCGACAGCGGGCACCGGAUCAGGUACCGGAUCAUCUGGAUCAACAGCGGGCAUCGAGUCAACUGGCCUAAUAGGAUCGUCAGGCUGGAUCAGUUCAUCAUGCUGGGUAGAGGGC